AUGCCUGUUAUCACCUCAUACACCUCCUCUCUUCUCAAACGUGCCUCCAUCGCGUCUCCAUCUUCAUCCCUCGACGUCGUCCCCUCUACACCCAAUCUCAUUACGAAAACUCUCACCGCACGAGAUGUAAUCGGCACGGUCGAUCCCUCAAAAGGUGUAACGCCUUUUGAUACCGUUCCUAAUAAGUUCGUCUUCGUAGUUAUCGGACUUAUUGGUGCUGCUUUUGUUAUAACUGGUAUAUGGUUCUUCUUCAUCGCCAAGAAUGGUGGAUUCAUCUUUCAUGAAAAUGAUUGGGAUGAUUACAAAUCUACAGUCUUGAGACGCAGAGGUCCCAAUGGUACAACUCUCUCUGGAGCUUCAGAGGCUACGGAUCUUGGAGGUGGCAGUGUAGUACAUGGAGAAAAGAAGAGGAGUACAUGGGGACGGAAGAACAAGAAAAGUAAGAAGGGUGGAAGUGGUAUGGAGAAAUACAAGGACACGAGAUAUAAGGACUAUAAUGAGGAAGAGAGCUCGGUUGGCACACAGAGUGAGGUCACUUACAGCGAUAUGAGCGAGGUCAAUUACCCCAGAAAGGAAAAGAAAAACAAGAAGAGCAGACUCCGUGGUGGAGACUUAGGCGAGGUACCGGAAUCGGAAAUCGGCGAUGAUGUUGCAGACCUUCGAGCAUACCGACAUGAGAAACCAGCCAGAGUUGGAGGCAUGAACAGAGAAAGCGAAUCCAGUGUGUGGGAAGGAUCUACCAACACUGAAGGAUCCACUGUCUCCGAUGGACUUAUGCAAAACCGCGAGAGAAGUCCCGAGAGAAGUCCCGAGACUAGCCCCGAGAAGCCAAAGAAGCCCAAGAAGAGCGACAACAAAGAUCACUACAAGAUUCGAAAGGUUAUCGGUACGGUUCAAGGGCCGCGGGCUUCGUCGAAGGAUAAAGGUGAUAGAAGUGAUAACGGUGGAAGCUCGACUUCCUGGAAUAAACAGGGCACCACCAAGAAAAGUUCAAGACAGAGCGAGGCCGAUUCAACCGUAGCGGACGACGAAAGAAUAAAAGCGGAGGCCAAGAAGCUCCAAGACAAAGGACGAGCCGCUCAAAAAAGAGAUUUCAGUUUCCGCGUUGGAGACGACAAUAGCUCCGCAGCGGGAUCCUCUCUCAUAUCAGCUCGUGACGCAUCCGCAGCCAGAGAACAGGAGAGACGCGAUCGAGAAGAGAGACGCGCCAGACGUGAGGCCAGAAAACAAAGCAGAAGUCAAUCACAUUUAGCUCCACCUGCUUAUACAACCGCCGAGUCUAGUGUUGGAGGAAGCGAGUUGAGCAGUGUGAGGGAAGACAGCGAAGUUGGUGCUGAUACUGGGCAUAAAAGCUAUCCUUGUUUUAUUCCAGGAUUGAGUAGUGAGAGGGGGGGUGGGAAUGAGACGGAUUACACGGAGGAUAGGAGGAAGAAGAGAAAUGGUGGGUAUAGACGGGAGUAG